UUAUGGGAUGUGGCUAUGUGGCUCACUGGCAUUAUCAGAACCUCCACUGGCUCAUGUUGAUCUGAACUUUCAACUCCCUAGCCAGAAUCCAUGGCAAAAACGUUUAUUUCAUCGCAGUCGUUUCUUGGUACACCUUUUCCGUCCUCCCCCCACCAUGGAAGCUUUCCGCAUAGUCGACUUCUCUCCACCCGAGUGAAACUCAGCUUCCAUGAGCUCUCGCCUAUUCAAGCCCUCCACUCUUCUGUCGAUUUUGGAGCUAUUUUUACUCGAGCUGAGAGCUUUCUGUAUACAAUUGCUGAUGCCGCCGUUGCUACUGACGCUGCCAUAGGCGGCUCUGCUUCUGAUGCUUCAGCUGCAGUUCCUCAGAAAAAUAACGGUUGGUUCGGAUUCGUUUCGGAUUCCAUGGAGUUUGUGCUGAAGGUACUAAAGAACGGACUUGAAGCUGUACAUGUUCCAUAUUCUUAUGGAUUUGCCAUUAUAUUGCUUACGGUUAUUGUAAAAGCUGCUACACUUCCAUUGACAAAGAAACAGGUUGAAUCAACUCUGGAAAUGCAAAAUCUCCAACCAAAAAUCAAAGCAAUCCAACAAAGAUAUGCUGGGAACAAGGAAAGAGUACAACUUGAGACAGCACGCUUGUAUCGUCAGGCAGGUGUUAAUCCUUUGGCAGGUUGCUUACCAACAUUGGCUACAAUACCAGUAUGGAUAGGAUUGUAUCAAGCUUUAUCAAAUGUGGCAAACGAGGGACUGCUUACGGAAGGUUUCUUGUGGAUUCCUUCAUUGGGAGGCCCAACCACUAUAGCUGCUCGACAGAGUGGAGCUGCAAUUUCUUGGCUCUUCCCAUUUGUGGAUGGGCAUCCACCUCUAGGCUGGCAAGACACUGCAGCUUACCUUGUAUUACCUAUUCUCUUGGUGGUCUCUCAGUAUGUAUCAAUGGAAGUAAUGAAGCCUCCCCAAACAGAUGAUCCCACUCAAAAGAACACACUUGUUGUCUUGAAGUUUCUUCCUCUCAUGAUUGGUUACUUUUCUCUGUCUGUCCCAUCUGGUUUAACAAUUUAUUGGUUCACAAAUAAUGUGUUGAGCACUGCACAACAAGUGUGGUUGCGCAAAUUAGGUGGUGCGAAGCCUGUUGCUGAAAAUACAAGCGGCAUAAUAAGUGCUGGAAGAGCAAAAAGAAUGUCUUAUCAACCGGUGCAGACUGGGGAUAGAUAUAGGCAGCUGGAGGAAGAUGAGAAGAAAAAGUCGAACAGGGGACCAACGACAGAGCAGGGAAGAAUAUCAGCUUUGGCCUCAGAUUCAGAGAAUGAAUUGGUGGAAACUGAUUCGGAGAAAAUGGAGGUUCUUGAAGAGGCAUACACUUCUUCUGGCAACGGCAAAAAAAAUCCAGACUACACUGGGGUGCCAAGGAGGAGUAAACGAUCUAAGCGAAAGCGUGCGGUAUGAAAAUGAUAGCCAUUUUGAAGUCAGUUUAACUAUCAUCAUCAUCAUCAUCAUUUUCAUUUACCCCAGUGCCGCAAAGGCUCCCACCUACGGUGGGGUAAGGGGGGGUCAGAUGUAAAAUUGUUGUAAUAUAGAUUCUUAGCUAUAGAUGCCAUUUCUACAUCAACCAUUAGUUUGUGGUAUAUAACUACCACUCACCGCAUUUGUUUGUAGGACAUUGCUUACUCCACCUAUUUAAGUGUUUUUCUACUCCUCCAAGGGAAGUUCUUAAAACAUUCUAUUAUAGUCUCUCUUCAAACUUGUUUUAUUCCUUCUGGGUGUUGUUGAGUCAGAGGUACAAAAUCAUGUAUUUCAAAUAUGUGUUUACAAUGUCUGAAGUAGGAAUUUGUAUCCAGGUUUGCUAAGAGGACUUUUUUGUAAGAAAUAUUUAUAUAGUUGUCUUAAUUAUAUAAUUUUCUACUUAUUGCUUGGGUUUCAAACCUUCAUGUUGUUGUGGUGAUGGCUUUUGGUGUCCCUUUGGGUUCUUAUUAAUAUUUAUCUCUUUAGCUGAUAAAAGAUUGUUCAAUCAUCAGUCUUUUUUUUGCUAUUCAUAAGAGCAGCCCUAAGGCUGUUGUCUAAGGUGAUACCGUGAUACUCUGGAUUCUGGAAAAAUAAUUGCAAUAUA